GUUUCUCGCUCAUUCGUAAUUUCGUACCCAUUCGUACCACAGCGUCGCUAGGGUUCGGAUGUGCUUGCGUAGCUCGUAAGAGUGAAGGGCAAAGAGAAUCGUUAGGCGAAGUUCGAGGUUAGGAGUAGGGUUGUGCGAGUAGAUAGAGAUAGUAGCUAGGUGUUUCACGGUUUUCGCUUAGGUCUCGCGUUUAGCUUCGUGGAUCCCUUAGGUUCCGUGGACUCGAGCAAGAUGCCGAAAAGAUCAGGCAACAAUAGAUGGGGCGGCCGCGGUAACAACCGAGGAAACGAGGCCAAAGGGUAUUUUGGUCACGAUGAUCGUACGAUGGUACGAAACGUAGGAAGGGAUGGUGGACCGAGCGUCGGUCCCACAAAACAUCGCGUAUCGUUUAAGACCCUUAGGCCAAACCACAGGGAUAUGUCGCGUAAUUUGAUAUUGUCAAAUUUACUGGACGAAGACAUUCCAAUGGCGGGUAGUUCCAACAAUAAUACUAGGCAGGUGGUAAUGAAUCAGAGGGAUAGAGAUAGGGGUGAUAGGACUUGGCAUACGGUCUCUCGCGGUAGGAACAGUCCGAUGCCGAAUAGGAAUUUCAAAGGAGGUCAAGCUGGUUCGAGGUCACGGGUGCUUCCGAUUGUCGAGUCCAAUUGGUAUAGGAUAAUUAUACCAUUUGGUAAUAAGUAUGAGAAGGAGCAUGUUAUUCAUGCGCUUCUCAACUGUAUGGCACCUCACGCAUUCAUUCCCAUAAUGUACAAGGUAAUGGGAAGUGAAGCCAGUUUCUAUAUUGACGAUCACAAGACGGCGAACGCAUUGUUGCGUUGCGAUCGCAAGGUACUGAUGGAUGACGGAUUCAAGUUACAAGUGAAGGCGAAGCCCGGAUUUCCAAUUUGCGAAAUUGAUGAAAAGUUGAAAGAACGAUUGAAGCAAGCCAUGGUUAAGAGAUAUGUACAAGAGAAAAAUGCUCUAGACUUGUCCAAGUUUCAUGUUGAUUCCGAUCUUUACUCGGAUUACUUUUGUGCGUUGUGCCACCCUGUUAUGUUGAUGGCUGUGUUAGAUAUUGUUGGGGAACACAUUCCGAAUCUAGAAGCAUUGAACUUAGAAGGCAACAAAUUACAUAAUCUCGAGAGACUUGAGGUGUUGAAUAAGAAGUUCUCGAAAUUGAAGAUUCUUUAUAUUGGUGAUAAUAAGAUCAAAGAUAUUCACCAACUGAAUGGUAUUAAGGAUCUAAAACUGGAAGAAUUGAAGUUGUCUGGAAACCCUGUUUGCAACAGGUAUAAGUCUCGGCAAAGUGAUUACACAAGUGACGUCCGAAAGAGAUUCCCCAGGUUGCUACGAUUGGAUGGCAUAGAAUUACCGCGUCCAAUUAUUUUUGAUGUUAUCGAUAUAACUGUCAAGAUACCUCCAUCGCAAAGAAUGUUUGUUUUGGAUCCUAAAAUUCAAGAGAUAGCGAGCCAGUUUUUGCAACAAUACUUCACGAUAUUUGAUAGCGAUAAUCGUCAACCUUUACUCGAUGCAUACGCCGAAAAUGCAUGCUUAAGCCUGACGAUAACCAAUUUCCAUAACAAUAAUCACAAGUUAAAUGGGUAUUUCACGGAGAAUAGAAACUUAUUUAGAACAAUUGAUUCAAAUAGAAGACAGAAGUUAUUAAAACAGGGUAGAUUGCCAGUAGUUUCGUUUAUAUCGGAAAUGCCAAAGACAAGGCAUUUAUUGAAUACCUUUACCAUGGACAUCACUCUUGCAACACAAGCAAUGAUGUUCAUUACUAUAACGGGUUACUUUCAAGAACUUGAUAAAGACGAGCCCAUUCGUUACUUCAACCGCACCUUCAUAAUUGUUCCGGAAGGUGGGGGAUACUGUAUUCGAAAUGAGCAGUUGCACAUUAGUCAGCCGUCUGAGGCGCAAUUGAAGCAACUGCAUCAGCAACUGAAUCAGCUCAGAAGUCAACCGCAACCGCAGACGGUGCCGCAGACGGUGCCGUUGGAAACUUCAGAAGUAGCGAAACCGAUGACAACAGAACUUAGCGACGAAAUAAAACAGCAAAUGACGGUGACGUUAAGUCAGCAGACAAAUAUGAAUCUGGAAUGGAGCUUAAAGUGCUUACAAGAGACUCAGUGGAAUUAUGAUAAUGCACUCUCUGCUUUUCACGAGUUCUUUAAACGUGGGCAGAUACCGUCAGAAGCGUUUACGAGGUAAACGCCAUACAUUGAGUAAGGAAACUUGCCAUUGUGAUAAUAGCGUAAGAAAAAUCAGAGUGCAGGAGCUUCUUGUUUAACUGCGAUCUCCAUUCCAUUCCGUCGUAUACUUUUUUUUAUAAGUAUACUUAUUUUGUAUCUUGUAUCAAAACUUGAGUAGAAAGCAUUUGGUUAUUUGUUACUUUCGAUUUAUGUAUUUCUAGCAACAAAAGAUAAUUAUUAAUUUUUUUGAGGAAAGGGUAAAUGCUAGAAAAAGCAAUAGAUUAGGUAUAUUAAUAGAGUUCCUUUAAAAAACUAUUUCAAAUAUAUCUACAAUCCGUCUUGUUUAAACAUUUAAAUUUUGUUUAAACAUCUGAAUCUUGUUUAAACAUUUAAAUUUGCACACAAUACAUCCACAUGAAAAUUGUUAAAAGUCAUCAUUUCUAUCUCAUUACAAUCUUGUUUAAGAAAAGUCAUAACUAUGUUUAUAUUCUGAUUUUUAACAAAUUUCAUACGUAUACAGAUAUAUUAUUGUUUGACAGUACUAGUGAAAACAGUAACUUUUCCAACAAUUAUUUGUAAACCAUAGUUUUUUCUGAAAUUAUGAAAAUGUUAAUUUAAAAAUAUUAUAACGUACAUAUGUUAAUUAAGUACACAUUUUUGAACAAAGCAGAAGCUCCAACAAGAAUCACAGCUAUUUUGUGACAACAAAACAAAACGAGCUGUAAAAACAUAUGUAUCUAAAGUUUUAAUGGAGGGCUUCAAGUUUUUAUAAGAAUAAUUAUAGAUACUUAUCUCUGAUGUGAUCUUCAACUGGAAGCUUUCCAUUAACCACUUCAGCGGCAGACAAAAUUUCACUGUUUGUGCCCCAGUGGGCAAGAAAAAAAAGUAAUCGGAUUUUAAUGUCACUUGGUAUCUAGAGGUUUUUUGGGCCGCUGAAUACGAAUUUGCGAUCAAAAUUCAAAAUGGCGGACCCAAUGUGGCGACCAAAAAUAAUCACAAAGUCCGAAAUCUUUCCGAUUGUUAAGAAAUCUAUAGGUAUCUAGGGGUUUUUUGAGCCGUUACGAAUUUGAUAUCAAAAUUCAAAAUGGCGAACAAAAUAAAAAACGCACAAAAAAUAAAAACGCUAAAAAAAUAAACGCAAAAAAAUAAAAAAAGAUAUAGGAACAUAAAUCUGAAUUCAUAAACAUUGUCAGGAGACAAGGUUUUUGAAUUUUUAUAUUUUUUAUGCGGCCGCCAUUUUGAAAUUUUGAUCGCAAAUUUGUAUUCAACGACCCAAAAACCCCUUGACACUAGGUUUCUUAACAUCGAAAACAAUCAAAAAGAUUUUGGAUUUUGUGAUUAUUUUCGAUAGCCAUAUUGGGUCCGCCAUUUUAAAUUUUGAAAUUUUGAUCGCGAAUUUGUAUUCAACGACCCAAAAAACCCUUGGGUACCAAGUUUUAUGAAAAUCGGGCCAGUCUAAUUAAAAAUUAAACGAUGUGCGCCAUAUGGCGUCAAUGCCCACAGGGACACGUACAUUUUCCGCGCCAUAUGGCGUCAAUGCCGCUGAAGUGGUUAAAACCUUACAUACAUAUGCUUUUAGAGAUUGUUUUGUUCAUUGUUACAAAAAAAUUGCAAUUUCUGCUAGAACACCACUCUGCAUAUUUAGGUAUUUUUGGGUAAUAUGUAUAAUGAAAUCACUGAUCAUUAUGUAUAGGAUUUGAUGAACUGAAUAUUCCCAAAAAUAAUUUUUAUACUUUUUCAAGCAGUUAUUUAGUAAUACUAGUGAUCAUUUGGGUUACUGUUCAUUGGUGUUAUUUGAUAAAUAUACACCGUCUAAAUUGAAAUAGAUAUGUGCACAUUUAAUAGUAAGACAAGUCAGAUUACUAAUAGACUGAUUAACUUAGGAACUUAGUUAUUUUACAUAUAACAAGCAAUAUUUUGUUGCCAAUGUUUCUAGGUUUUGAUACAUGGUAUAAAAAAUUUUAUCUUUAAAGAGUAAAAAAAUGAAAACAAAAAAAUUAAGUAGGUGAAAAAAUUUAGUUAUUUAGUCUUUCCGUGGGGAGAACAGAAAUUAUUAUUAUUAAUUUCACGUUAAGAUAUGAUUACGUUAAGAUAUCAGAGUCAACCAAUUUAUUCGAGAUUCAGAAAGAGUAUGAACUAAAAGAAAAAUUUAUAUUCCAUUAACACAUUUAAAUUUUCGAUUUGCUCAUGAGGUACGAGCAAAUGGGAAAUAUAAAUAUAUUCAAUGAUGUUACCGUGAUCGCAAUAAUGUUAGAUCCAAAAAAUUAGGUUUGUUAGAUUGGACUUGCUUCCAACAGACAGAGAGAGAGAGAGAGAGAGAGAGAGAGAGAGAGAGAGAGAGAGAGAGAGAGAGA